UGGUGCUUGUUUGUUGUUUUGCUGAAGUGUUGACUUUAAAUAGACGGCCGAGGACCUGCUUUACCUCUAUUUCCAUUUUAAACAAUACUAACCAGGAACGACACUUUCCUCCCACAUCUAACCUCGAGUUGCUCUUACAAUCAUCUCUAAAGAACAGAGAGCGCCCGAAAACGGCAACCAUGAAAUGGAUGUUCAAAGAGGAUCAUUCUCUGGAACAUCGGUGCAUAGAAUCUGCCAAAAUCCGCAACAAGUACCCUGACAGGGUCCCAGUAAUUGUGGAGAAAGUGUCUGGGUCCCAGAUAGUGGACAUUGACAAGAGGAAGUACCUGGUCCCUUCUGACAUCACAGUGGCUCAGUUCAUGUGGAUCAUCAGGAAACGCAUCCAGCUGCCCUCAGAGAAGGCCAUCUUCCUGUUUGUGGACAAGACAGUCCCCCAGUCCAGCAUCACAAUGGGACAGCUCUAUGAAAAGGAGAAAGACGAAGAUGGCUUUUUAUACGUGGCUUACAGCGGCGAAAACACAUUUGGCUUGUAAAAGAAGAAGCCAUGAUAGUAAGCUGACCUUACCUGCUGACAUCUAAUCAUAGCCCUCAUUUGGUCCCUGGAGAAAGCCUCGGGAAAACCCUUUGAAAACACCACAGAAAGAUGGACUACCUGCUCACCAGCUUGGAUGACAAAACAAGUGUGCCAGUGUCUUUUUAUUUUAUUUUAUUUUUUUGGGCCCAUGUUGCACCUUUCCAUAAUGAUUCAAAUAUUCAGUUGUCUAUUGUGUGGUAGCGUUUGUUUUCUUAUCUCUUGUGAUUUGAAGUUUUUCCAAACUCCUUGUGUGUGAGAAUGACUUUAGUUUUGCUUUUGUCUUUGAAGACAAUAUUUAUGAAAUUGGAAUAUUUUAAUUUAAUUAUGUGGAGGUAAGGUAGCUGGAUGACCUAACCAAUAAAAAUGCUAAAUAAA